AUGGAAAAACAUUGGUCAAUUCAUGGUCUUUGGCCAAGCGUUAUAAAUGGAGAAGUGCCAGAUAAAUGCCAUGAUUUAACGCAAAAAUUCAAAUUUAGUGUUGUUCAUAUUAAACUAGCAAAAGACAAUCUUUACGGGGUUUUGACCAACAAUUGGUUCAAUAUCGUUGAUAUGGAGAAUCCAAGCAGCGGAAUUGAAAAUUUCUGGCGGACAGAGUAUGAUAAUCAUGGCGCUUGUGCUUCACACGCUCAAUCAAUCCAAGAUGAUGUCGGCUAUUUCAGAACUGCUAUUAAAAUGUUGAACGACAUGAGUCUUGCUACUAAAAUACGUGAAUCUGGUCUCUCAGAUGGUGGCAGUAUUCUACUUGGAACCUUAUAUGACAAGUUGACACAAUCGAUAGGAGCAAAACUUAAAAUAAUACCUGCGUUUGAUAAGGAACGGGGAAACUAUUACUUAACAGAAAUUAGAACAUGUUAUAAUUUAAAUCUCCGACUUAUUGAUUGUCCCAAUUAUUCAGGACCAUCAAAAUCCUCAAGAUCUUACUCAAUAAAUCUUUUUUCAAGUGUACCCAAGUUGAAAUCUCCAACGUCAUCCAAACGUUUCCAACGUCUCAAACGCGAUUCCAACGUUACCAACGUCUCGAACGUGAUUCCAACGUUUUCAACGUAA